AUGCCAGGGUGGAGGAAGGCGUGGCUGUCGGUGCUGGACCGAGCCGGCGGCGGCGGCAGCAGUGGCUCCCUGCAGGCGCACCUGCAGGGCCACCACUCCCCGUCCUCCUCCUCGUCCUCCCUCGCUAGCUACAAGCGGGGCGGCAAGUACGGCGGCGGCCACGUGAGCGGCAAGGCGGUGGUGGGCUGCUUCGCCGCCGCGCUCGCGCUCGCCUUCUUCUACGUCUCCGUGGCCGGCGGGCCGGCCGCCGACGGAUCCUUCCCCUCCCCGGCCGCCUCGUCGUCCGGGAUCCUCAUGUCGUGGCUGUCGUCGAACUCGUCCACGGCGGCGCCGAGGAAAUCGCUCCUUCCCCGCCCUCCCGUUCCUCCUGCGGUGACCGCGGGCGGCGGCGCUGAGCAGAGCGACGCGCGGAACGCGACAGCGGCUUCCCGCCGCGUGCACCAGAGCGGCGCGGUGGGGGACUCGCCGGCUUCGGAAGUCGGCUCGGGGCAAGCGACAUCGGCGUCCGGGCAGACGACGGAAAGCGCCGGGAAUGCCACCCUCGGUUCCGAUGCCGAACCCGCCGGUAACGGCACCAGGCAAGAAGAGGCCCAAGUGGAAACCGCGACGCCGAUCUUGCGAUGGCGAAGGAAAGACGGAGCAAGGUCUUCCUACAACGCCAUCGUCGGUGCCUCCGGUCAGACGGCGAGGAGCACUGACAUCGCCACUGGCAACCCCACAGACACCGGGACUUUGAGCAGAGAGGAGGUAACCGAGAACGCCGCCAUCGACAGCGUGCAGACCUCGGCACCCCAAGCGGCUCUGGCAUCACGGCCGGAGCGGAAGGAGGACAGGCACAGGCACAGGAGAGCCGUGAGGCACAGGCACCCGAGGCGACGGAAGGAGAUCGUCCUCCCGUCGCAAGAUCUCCUCGCCGAUCAGAGCGACGGGAACGGCAUGGCCGCAGGCGCGAACGCCAGCAUGGGCGUCGCCGGCGCCGGCAACAACCGGAUCGCGUGGACGUCGGGCGUGCAGGACCUGGUUUCCUUCGCCAAGUGCGACGUGUUCAACGGGAGGUGGGUGAGGGACGAGGGCUACGGGUUCUACCCGCCCAAGUCGUGCGCGCUCAUCGACGACGACUUCAACUGCCACAAGAACGGCCGGCCGGACAGCGACUACCUCAAGUGGCGGUGGCAGCCGCACGGCUGCGACAUCCCCAGGCUGAACGCGACUGAAUUCCUGGAGAGGCUGAGGGGGCAGAGGAUCAUAUUCGUCGGCGACUCGCUGAACCGGAACAUGUGGGAGUCACUGGUCUGCAUCCUUCGCCACGCCGUCAGGGACAAGAGGGGCGUGUACGAGGCAUCAGGGAAGAACCAGUUCAAGACCAGAGGAUACUACUCCUUCAAAUUCAGGGAGUACAAUUGCUCGGUCGAUUUCAUAAGAUCGAUAUUCCUCGUCAAGGAGAUGAUCGGUGAGGGCACAAACGGCACUGAAGACGCAAAGCUCAAACUGGACGAGCUAGAUGCGACGACUCCGGCGUACCGGACUGCGGACAUCGUCGUCUUCAACACCGGUCACUGGUGGACUCACUACAAAACAUCAAGAGGGCUGAACUAUUACCAGGAGGGCAACCAUGUGUACCGCAGCCUUGAGGUUUUGGAUGCGUACAAGAGAGCUCUGACCACCUGGGCUAGAUGGGUUGACAAGAACAUCGAUUCGAGAAGGACCCAGGUUGUAUUCAGAGGAUAUUCACUAUCACAUUUCAGGGGAGGGCAAUGGAAUUCAGGAGGGAGAUGCCACAAGGAGACGGAGCCAAUUUUCAACCAGACAUACCUUAGCGAGUACCCUGAGAAGAUGGUGAUCCUGGAGCAGGUCCUGAGGCAGAUGAAGACUCCCGUGAUAUACCUCAACAUCAGCACACUCACUGACUACCGAAAAGAUGGCCACCCAUCAGCGUACCGAAGGUGGUAUAACACAGAGGAGGAACGGAUAGCAGCGGUGAAGAAGCAGGACUGCAGCCACUGGUGCUUGCCUGGAGUGCCGGAUACGUGGAACGAGCUACUGUAUGCUUCGCUGCUCCAGGCAGGCAAAGGUUUCUGGAAGUUGUGAGAUGAUGGUUGCAAACAGUAGGCUUCAUCUCUCUCCAUGCCAAUGCAGAGAGAACAAUCACAGAUGAUUCACGAAGCUCCGGAGCUGUAGUUAUGAUUGGAUAGAAUUGCAAAUCUUGCGUUUGCAGUAGACCCAUUACUAGGACAAAAUAAUCAUCACAAGAAGGAUAAAUUUUUAGAACUUUUUUGGUAGUUCAUGUACUGAUGUACAUAUGAGACCUCAAUAACUGAUGUAACAUGUCAAAUAGAUACUGGAAGUUGGGAAUUCGUCUUCUUUGCAUGAAUUUGACUAGUAGCAGAUGAUAGCGUAUGUCAGGUCUUUUUUUGGGGCAAGGUAUUCCAGUUCUUUGACUAGAGCAGCUGGUUCCGAAAGCACUAAAACAAAGGCCUAACUGCAUGUUCUUAGUUCCUAUUUUGAGAAGGCGGUAAAAUACAGGUAUGAUAGGUCAUUUCUUCUAAGUAGAGAAAUACUUUGUUGCUUGUCAUGCAGAAGAUAUGCUCCUAAGACAGGCCAAAAGGAAAAGUACUUCUCAACCUUUCUUGCUUCUCUUUUCAUUGCUUAUAAUCUUAUCAUCAUAUUUCAGAAUUCAGAUAACAGUUAUCUUUAUAUCAACCAGAAGAGAUUUUUCCCUUGGUAGUAGUGUAUGCAUAUAGCUGAACUACAAUGUAAAACACAAGCAACAACAGUGUGUGUUAAAAGAAUUUGAAACAACAUAAUAACAAAAACUACAAAUAAAAAAUAGGAAUAUCUAGUUGCAGCACAGAGCCAUAUACCAUCAACAUAUCU